CAUUAGGAAACUGGGCGCAACCAAGUCAAGGAGGGAAGGAUUAGAGAGCAAGAGAGCGAACCAAGGGCAAAGACGGAGAGUUUUGGAGGACAAGAAUUUUUUGGUUUUUCAGUCUCAUUUUGAAUUCAAGGAGAACUUGGGCUUCUCAAGCUUUCUCUCUCUUUUUUUUUGUCUCUUUCACACUCACUUCACUCUUCGUCACCAGCUGCCUGCCAGGUUUCAUCAUGAUCUGCCCUUUCAGCUCCUCGCUUGGAUUUCUCCUCCUCCUGAUUGGCUACGCUGCAGCAGGACCGGAUCCUGACCUGCGGCCUCGAGCGGUGCGUUCCAGCGCCUGUCAGGAGCACACAAAUCUUCACAACCGUCUGGAUGUAGUGGAGAAGAAAGUAGAAGACACGGUUGAGAAGUUGGAAGUUGAGCUCGCUACUCUCCUGGAUGCCAUUAAUGCCCCAAAAUGGCGUCCCCUGUUGGACAACGCGGGACAGACAGCUGUGGACAUUCUGGACGAUCCGGAGCUCAGAGGCCAAUCUUAAAUCAAGCAGGCAUCCACGGAGAAGGGACUUGAGAAAGCUCUUGAACUUUGAAGGGUUAACUCUGUUUUUUUAUGACCUAAAUGUUUACUUUGUAAGAACUUUUGUACGCUUGUGUAUCAAAAUGAAAUUUGCAUCUUAAAGGAGGAGGCAGUCUUUUGCACACA